UUCUUUGUUUGGCUUUUGAAGUUUGAACAGUAUUUGCCUAUUUGGUUUGCCGCUCCAAAUCCCAAUACACUCACUGUUGGUGACUCAUAAAGGCACCGUCUUUGGAUUCUCUUCCACUUCGUCUCUGCGACGCAAAAAUGGGUCGAAAACGAGCUUCCAAAAACAGCGACAGGGUUCAAGCGUUGGUACGUGGAAGCUACGAUCAUCCUACUGUUGUGGAACCACAGCCUUCCAAUGGAAACAUACAACUGCCAAGGGCACUAGAAUCUCAGCUUGAAAUCCCACUCCCUGGGCUUACCUCACCGAAGCAUCCAAAUUUGUUGGUGGGUAGAGCGGAAAUGCGUCAUGCAAAAAGCCCGGCGCAGGAGCAAGUGAACCAAGACCAUGGGCAUCAAAAGAAGCCUCCUACACCUGCUAAGAAAAAAAUCAAAUUCUGUGGUGCAUCUGUGAGGCGAUCAGAACGCAUUAAAAGUUCAGUUGUCAAUCACCCUAACACCAAUUGUUACAUUGAAGUCGUUGAGGAUUUAACUGUUAGUGAUGGUGAGAAAGAUGAAGCAGAUACUCAACUGGAGCAGGUAUUGUUGGCAGAGCCAGAGAUGGAGUUCGAGCUGCCGCUGGAGCACGAGCACGAGUCCGAGCCAGAGCUGGCAGAUAAUUUGGGAGAGAAGAAGAGUUGGAAAGAAAAAGUUGACUGUGCCUUGCAAAGAAUAGAAGCUCUUGAUAAGACAGUAGAAUUGUUGAAAUCCAAGGUAGAUGAGAAUAUUGCCUUUUGUGAAGCCCCGUCUAUGGCAUCUAUAAGUUACAAGAGCAUGUAUAUUGACUCACAGAAGAAGAUUGAAGCUUUAACAGUUGAAAAUCAACGACUAAAUGGAAAGCUGGAAAAUGCUCUUGGCAAAAUUGAAGCGUACGAAAAAGAGAUCCGUGUUUUAGUGGAUGUAUUGGAUAAAACGAAGGAUGCUGUUAAGGAUACUAUGAUUACAAAUGUGGCAAAAACUAUAGAAGCCGCUGUUAAUGUAUCAACUCAAGCAAUGCAAAUCCACAAUGCGUGCUCUGCUUCUGCAGUUAAGAGAAAGAGAAAUGAAAACUGAAGUAGGAAGCUAAUGCUGCACGACUUAUUCUUAUGUAUUGUAAAAAGUAGACACUUGACACCUAAUGUGCUUGACCAGCUGACCUUGAGCCUGUGGUGCUUUUUAACCUUUUUUGCAUGGAUUUCUGCUUGUUAAUGUGGUCAUUUUAAAUUCUCUGAUUUUCAUGUGUC